UUGUAUGAGGUACCUAGGAUAGGCAAAUUUAUAUAGUAAGAAAGAAUAACAGAGGUUACCAGGGCCUGUAGAGAGGGAGGGAUGGGGAGUUGGGGAGUUAGUUUUUAGUGGGUACAUACUUCUGUUUGGAGAUGAUGAAAAAGUUCUGGAAAUGGAUAGUGGUAAUGGCUGCACAACACUGUAAAUGUACUUAAUGCCAAUGAACUGUAUACUUAAAAGGGAUUAAAAUGGUAAAUUUUAUGCUAUGUAUACUUUGCCACAACAAAAAAUCAAGUAUAAAAGAAGAAUUUCCGGGCUUUCCUUUUUUUUCGAGUGUGUUUUUGGUUUUGUUUUGUUUUUUUGAGACAGGAUCUUGCUCAGUUGCCCAGGCUAGAGUGCAGUGGCGUGAUCAUGGCUCACUAUAGCUUUGACCUCCCAAUCACAGGUGAUCUUCCCUCUUCAGCCUCCCAAAUAGCUGGGACCACACACGUGCAUCACCACACUCAGCUAAUUUUUGUAGAGACAAAGACUCCCUAUGUUGCCCAAGCUGGUCUUGAACUCCUGGCCUCAAGUGAUGCUCUCUCCUUGGCCUCCCAAAGUGCUGGGAUUACAGAUGUCAGCCACCGCGUAGGCUUUACUUCUAACUUCUUCUCAGCUGUGGUCCAGGAGUCUUGUUUCUUGAGUCCUCAUGAUCCCCAUCACAUGCUUCCAGGUUGAUUCACUCCUUGUACAACCCUCUGACCCAGCGUUCUCCACAGCUCUGCCCUCAACUCUCCACAUAUGGUGCUUGAAGAGCCACUUCCUUUCCUAUACAGGCCACCAACGUCUUUUUGUGGCACAUGAAACCCACUUCAGAGAAAUGUGGGACUUUGGAAUCCAUGAAAGGCGUAAUUCACUUCACUGUCAAGGGAUAUAGCUCAUUGGUCAGAAACUGUAUCUGUUCUCUGAAGGACCAUUGCAUUCGGUCCCUCUUGGCUGGUUUCUGGUACCUACUCCUCUGUCCUUCUCCCCUCCUUGUCUGUCCUCAUUUCUCUCAAAUCCCCCCUCCACCUCGUCAAAUCUCUUUAAAGACCCUGUCUUUGCACUCAGAGAACGCCCCAUGCCCCACCUCAAAUUCUCCCCUCAUUUCUGGCCCUGCAUCCCUCAUUCUUACACUCUAUUUAGGCUAGCACUCACUGGUGGAGGGCUGGGGUGCCACAGCUUUGGAGAAGAGGUUUAAAGGUCUCCAUACCCAGGAGCUGGCUCUGAUAUCUCGCCCCACCUGCCUGAGGCUGAUCAUUAACCCAGAACUUAUAUAAAGAUGGCUCAUGCGUGGAAUGGGUAUAGCACUGCCUGCAGCCAUGGCCAGUACGGUUAGCCCCAGCACCAUAGCUGAGACCCCAGAGCCACCUCCAUUGUCUGACCGCAUCCGAAAUGCUGCUGACAUCUCAGUCAUUGUCAUCUAUUUUCUGGUGGUGAUGGCUGUUGGACUGUGGGCGAUGCUGAGGACCAACCGAGGUACUAUAGGAGGCUUCUUCCUCGCUGGUCGUGAUGUGGGCUGGUGGCCGAUGGGCGCCUCUCUCUUUGCCAGUAACAUCGGCAGCAACCACUACGUGGGGCUGGCUGGGACAGGAGCAGCUUCAGGAGUCGCCACCGUAACAUUUGAAUGGACUUCCUCAGUAAUGUUGCCAAUUCUUGGGUGGAUCUUCGUCCCUAUCUACAUCAAGUCGGGGGUGAUGACCAUGCCGGAAUAUCUCAAGAAGCGGUUUGGUGGGGAGCGACUCCAGGUCUACCUCUCCAUCCUCUCCCUCUUCAUCUGUGUGGUUUUGUUAAUUUCUGCAGACAUAUUUUCUGGAGCCAUAUUCAUCAAGCUGGCCUUGGGAUUGGACCUUUACCUGGCAAUCUUCAUCCUCUUGGCUAUGACUGCUGUUUACACCAUCACUGGGGGCUUGGCCUCCGUGAUUUACACAGACACCCUCCAGACCAUCAUCAUGCUGAUUGGCUCUUUUGUUCUCAUGGGGUUUGCAUUUAACGAAGUUGGAGGUUACGAGAGCUUUACCGAGAAGUACAUGAAUGCCACCCCGUCCGUAGUCGAGGGGGACAACUUGACAAUCAGUGCCAGUUGCUACACACCUCGGGCGGACUCCUUCCACAUCUUCCGAGAUGCUGUGACUGGGGACAUUCCAUGGCCAGGAAUUAUAUUUGGAAUGCCCAUUACAGCUUUGUGGUACUGGUGCACAAAUCAGGUCAUUGUACAGCGCUGCCUGUGUGGCAAGGACAUGUCUCACGUGAAGGCCGCUUGCAUCAUGUGUGCUUACCUGAAGCUGCUGCCCAUGUUCCUCAUGGUGAUGCCGGGGAUGAUCAGCCGCAUCCUGUACACAGAUAUGGUAGCAUGUGUGGUACCUUCUGAAUGCGUGAAACACUGUGGCGUUGAUGUUGGCUGCACUAACUACGCAUACCCAACGAUGGUGCUGGAACUGAUGCCCCAAGGACUGCGAGGCCUGAUGCUUUCGGUCAUGCUGGCCUCUCUCAUGAGCUCCCUGACCUCCAUCUUCAACAGCGCCAGCACCCUAUUCACCAUUGACCUCUACACCAAGAUGCGGAAGCAAGCGUCGGAGAAAGAGCUCCUGAUAGCUGGACGGAUAUUUGUUCUUCUAUUAACUGUUGUGAGCAUUGUGUGGGUCCCAUUGGUACAAGUGUCUCAAAAUGGACAACUAAUCCAUUACACAGAAUCAAUUUCUAGCUACCUUGGGCCUCCAAUUGCAGCUGUCUUUGUGCUUGCCAUCUUCUGUAAAAGAGUCAAUGAACAGGGAGCAUUCUGGGGUCUAAUGGUUGGACUUGCGAUGGGUCUCAUUCGUAUGAUAACAGAGUUUGCUUAUGGAACAGGGAGUUGCUUGGCUCCCAGUAACUGUCCCAAGAUUAUUUGUGGAGUGCACUAUCUGUACUUUUCCAUCGUUCUCUUUUUUGGGUCCAUGCUGGUCGUCCUGGGAAUUUCCCUCUUAACAAAACCCAUUCCUGAUGUACAUCUGUACCGCCUGUGCUGGGUUCUUCGGAACAGUACAGAGGAGCGAAUCGAUAUAGACGCAGAAGAGAAAUGUCAGGAAGAAACAGAUGAUGGUGUUGAAGAAGAUUACCCUGAGCAAUCACGUGGAUGCCUCAAGAAAGCUUAUGACUUGUUCUGCGGUUUGCAGAAGGGACCCAAGCUAACCAAGGAGGAGGAGGAAGCCUUGAGCAAGAAGCUCACAGAUACAUCUGAGAGGCCCUUGUGGAGGACAAUAGUGAACAUCAAUGCCAUCCUCCUCCUGGCUGUGGUGGUCUUUAUUUACGGCUACUAUGCCUGAACUCUAUCCAAGCCACUAGAAUAAUGAAUAAUUCUUAAUAAUUAAUCGAAGGAUAAUUUUAGUGAUUUUCAUUUUAUAGUAUGUUGUGUGGCAAAAAAAAAAAA